AUGCCAAAUUCUCCGCGUCAGCUUAUUCAGAAGGGGAAUGUCGAAGCAGCACGCAGAGAGUUUAUCCGAAUACGCAGCGAUUUGCAUUCGCAUGAGGUUCAUGAAGAGUUUGGACUCAUGCGAGCGCAGAUCGAAUACGAGAUCACAAGAGAGAUUCCAUCAUACCGAGAGAUCUUCAAACUCUACCGGCAUCGUGUGCUAGUGUCAAUAUCCGUACAGGUGUUAACCAGCGUGACCGGUGUCAAUGUUAUUCAGUACUAUCAAACCUCUCUUUAUAAAUCUUUGGGUAUUAGUGCUCAGACGAUUCUCGCGCUCGCAGCGGUCUGGGGCACUUGUGCUUUCGUUUCGAACGCGAUUGCCAUUGUCUACCUACCUGACAGAUUGGGCCGUCGCAAGAUGUUACUUGCUGGAAUCAGCUGCGUCAUUAUAACGGAGAUCUAUGCUGCUGUAAUGCAGCGCGAAUUUCAGAACACCAACAAUCGCGUCGGCAAGGGGUUUGCCAUUUUGGGAAUCUAUCUGUUUGUUGUGUGUUAUUUUACUGAAGCUGGACCGAGCGCAUUCGCAAAUAUUCAUGAAAACUACUACUAUGUCUUCAUUGGCUGCUGCAUCAUCUACCUGGGAAUCAUCUACUUCUAUUAUCCGGAAACAAACCAGAAAACAUUGGAGGAGAUUGCUGCAGCAUUCGGCGACCAUGUCGUCGAGGUUGACGAGCAAGAGAUUGUCGCUGAAGGGGUCGCAAUGGAAUCCAAAGCUGUUCCUGUCCAUCUGGAAGACGCGCGCUCUGCCUAG